GUAGGUUACUGUUAUUGUAGGUUAUUGCUUUUGACAUCUGUGGAAUUUGAAUAGCUUAAAUGGCAUCUUACCUUGCAGAUUCUGAUAGUGAAGACGAACUGCCACCAGGAUGGGAAGAAAGAACAACAUCUGACGGUUGUGUAUACUAUGUAAAUCAUAAUACUAAAGAGACUCAAUGGAAUCAUCCUCGGACUGGACAGAGAAAACGUGUGUCUGGCGAUCUUCCUUAUGGUUGGGAAAGGAUAGUAGAUGAAAAUGGAAAAGUAAUGUUUGCUGACCAUAAAAGCAAAACUGUUACCUAUAGUGAUCCUAGAUUAGCCUUUGCAACAGAAGAAAAAGAAUUCCCAAUGGACAUUAGACAAAAAUUUGAUGCAUCUAGCAAUGCUCUUGAUGUUUUACAUGGACGAGAUUUGAGUGGAAAAAUAGCUAUCAUCACUGGUUGCAAUUGUGGUAUCGGUUUUGAAACAGCUCGAAGCUUGGCUCUUCAUGGUUGUCAAGUUGUAAUGGCUUGCCGAUCCAUCGAAUCUGCAACAGAGGCAGCGAAAAAAAUUCAGGCUGAAAAGGCUGAUUGUAAAUUGGAUAUAAUGGAACUUUGUUUAGAAAAUCUUAAAUCUGUUAAAGAAUUCGCUGAAAAUUAUAGUCUUAAAUAUGGGAAACUUGAUAUUCUUAUAUUGAAUGCUGGUGUCUUUGGGAUUCCUUAUAGACAAACUGUAGAUGGUUAUGAGACAUUAUUUCAAAUUAACUAUUUAUCCCAAGUGUACCUCACUAUAUUAUUGGAAGAUGCUCUCACCAGAGCUGUUCCAUCAAGGGUGGUAUUUGUAUCAUCUGAAUCACACAGGUUUUCAAAUAUUACUAGUGAUAAAAUAAAAGAAGAAGUUUUAAGUCCAUCCAAAGAACAAUAUUGGAGUAUGAUGGCUUAUAAUAAUUCUAAGCUCCUCCAAGUUGUAUUUAGUGGCAAACUUUCAGAAAAAUGGGCCAAAAAAGGAAUAGCUGUAUUUUCACUUCAUCCUGGAAACUUGGUAUCAUCUAAUUUAUCUAGAUAUUGGUUGCCAUACAGAAUUCUCUUUGGACUUUUGAGACCAUUUACCAAGUCAUUACAACAAGCUGCAAGCACUACUGUAUACUGUGCCACUGCACUUUCACUGGAAUCGGUGACAGGGCUCUAUUUUAAUAACUGCUGUCGCACUGAACCAAGCAAAACAGCACUCGAUCCAUUACUAGCUGAUAGGCUUUGGCUCCUCACUAAAGAGCUACUUAUUAAAGCAGGAUUCAAUAUUGAAAUGCCUUCAUAAACUGAUUUGUUGUUACUUUUUUUUUUAAGUUUGUACAUAUUGUCUUUUUGUUUAUAUUGUAAGAAGUGCUUUUAUACAUUGAAUAAAAUGUUAAAAUUAAAUUU